GCGCCAAGGAGGUCUCCAUGGCGUACUACGUAGCGCAGCGACCGCAGUCGGCGCGGCCUCACGUGCCAACGCGGCCGCCGCCAAAGGCCGCGAGCGGGCACAUGACGCUCGCGACGUUUCGGUUUGCACCCGACUCGAACAACCUCGAGCGCACGCCGGAGCUCAUCAACGUCCAGAGCAACGUCCAUGCGCUGCUGAGCCUCAUGGCCGACGACUCGAGCAUGGGUCUGCACCAGCCGACGCGCAUGCUGCAGGCGUCUCGCUUCCGCACGCAUUUGCCGAGCACGGUGCUCAUCGGGCCGCACUGCGAUCUAUACGCGUGGUACGUGACGUCCAAGGACGGCCACGUCGUUCGGAAACACAAGAGCAACUGCAACUGGAAGAGUGUGCUCCAGGCCUUUUGCGGGCACAUGAACAAGGGCUUCUCGCCUCUGAGCCACCGGGGCGCGCGCACAGCGUGCCGCGACCAUUGGCCCGUCGCGGUGGCCAAGUUUGUCGACGGACGCAUGCGGCUGCUCUCGGGCGCCGCGCUAAUUGCCCUUGUGAAAAGCCUCGAGGCGAGCGCGCCGGGGGACACGGACUUUGCGGCGCUUCCAUUUUGUCUGACGCAGUUUGUGCCACCGGCCAAGCGCGUGCGCUACCUGAGCGUCUACACUGUGGUUGAAGGCGCCGGCGACUGCCACGUUGUUGUAGCCGAGCUACCUCCGUUCUACCGAGAACAAGUGCACAGCGACACGCCGACGACGGAUGGCAAUAUUAACACGGACCCAAUACAAGUCGUCCAACACGAAAGCAGCAUGCUGCUCGGCGAGGCGAUUCAGAAGGAGACGACGCUCUUGGCGCGCCAUGUCAACCGCCGCAACGCCGCCACGGGCACGCCGGUCGUGCACCAGCUCAUUCUCGAGUACAUGGUCCACGCCAAGGACGGCGAGGUCUACCUAAGCUCAAUCCUCGGUGUGAGCUGGCAAAACGGCGAGCAGGUGCAGUUGGUGGACGCUGUCACCAACAACACGGAGCCGGAGCCGAGUGCACCCGCGCCCCCGACGGCCGCGGUGGCGCAGCAAAUCUUCAAGUUUUCACGCAGCUUGAAAGGCUCCCAAGCACGAUGCGAGGUGGCGGAGCGGCAGGUCUUGCACUACCUGAGCGAGGCGGAGAAGGCGAAAGCGCAGGUGUCGGUGCUCCACGACCACUUGCAGCGCACGUCCGAGCAGCUGCAAGUGGCGUGCGAGGCGACGCCGCACAAGAUGCGCAUCGAAGCCCUCGAGACGGCGCUCCGCAAAGCCAAUCAGCGAGUCGAGACGCUCGAAGAGCAGCUCCACGUCGAGCGACAAACGCGGGUCGAGGGCGCGACGCUCCUCACCAACGAGCGCAACACGUUUUGCGUGGCACUGCAGCAAGCGCAAGCCAAGAUCGAGACACUCGCAAACGACCUCGAGCUGGCGACGUCGACCGAGGCGAGUGCGAGUCGGGCGCUGAGUGUAGAAACCACGGCCCACGCGCGAACCCAGCAGCUGCUGGCAGGGCUCGAAGCGCUUCUCGCUCAGCAAAAGGACAUUCACGCUGCCCACGUAGCCAAAAUUCGAUCGCUCGAAGACGACUUGACCAAGACGACCGAAGACCGGGACCACCUCCAGCGCCUCGUGCCGUAUGCCAAUAUCAAGAAGGCGGCCUAUUGCAAGCGAAUGCACUUGCACGACCUGUACUUGGGCUGGCCCGACUGGCAGCUGCAAGUCGAGUGCCUCGACCGCGUCCUCUCGAUGCACGUGCUCACGCUCCAGAAGACCUUCGACCACUUUCAGCCUAUGAAGUUGCCGGUGCUUAUCGAGUCGACGUCGAUUACGCGCACGUAUCCGCUGAUCCACCACCGGCUCAACUUUGCCCAGCUCUGCGAGUGCAUGCGUCUCUGUGGCGUGCUCACCACGCGGUUUACGACGGCGGUGCUUGAGACCGUCUUUCUCAAGUGCACGGAAAAGUCGUUUGCCAAACAAACCAAGGGCCCCACCACCGCCGGCGUCGGACGGCCACGCGGCAUGUCGUUCAUGGAAUUCAUCGAGUGCAUCGUCCGCGUCGCGCUGCUCAAAUGCAAGUCCUCUCACAUGGCCGCCGAGUCGGUUCAAAGCUUCAUGGACACGCACUUGGUGCCCGCCGAGCAAAAGUGGUAAUGACGACAGCUUUGCGUUGACUUCCAG